UGGAUUGAAUCAAUGAAGUUUAAGGCAACAAGGCCAACUGAGAGGGCAGAAACAAUCAGAAGGUUCUUUUCUCUUGGGACAUUUAUGGUUUUCCAGAUCCCAGGUGGCAUCAGGCUUGAAUUUGAAGAAACUGAAGAACCUGAUUUUACUGCAUUAUGUCAGAAAUUAAAGAUAGCAGAUUGCGUCAGAGAAAGAGCUUGGUUAACUUGGGAGAAAGUUUCAUCUGUGGAUGGAGGAUUGAAAGAUUGUAUUCAAAAGAAAAAGGAACUAUGGGGAAUCUGUAUCUUUAUUGCAGCAGUUGACCUAGAUGAGAUGCCGUUCACUUUUACUGAGCUACAGAAAAACAUAGAAACCAGUGUCUAUAAAUUCUUUGAUUUAGUAAAAGAAAUUGAUACCAGCACCAAAGUUGAUAAUGCUAUGUCAAGACUGUUGAAGAAGUACAAUGUGUUAUGUGCACUCUACAGCAAAUUAGAAAGGACAUGUGAACUUAUAUAUCUGACACAACCCAGCAGUUCAAUAUCUGCCGAAAUAAGUUCUGCAUUGGUGCUAAAAGUUUCUUGGAUUACGUUUUUACUAGCUAAAGGAGAAGUAUUACAAAUGGAAGAUGAUCUAGUGAUUUCUUUUCAGUUAAUGCUGUGUGUGCUUGACUAUUUUAUAAAGCUUUCACCUCCUGCACUCCUCAAAGAACCAUAUAAAACAGCUGUAAUACCCAUUAAUGGUUCACCUCGAACACCCAGGCGAGGUCAGAACAGGAGUGCACGGAUAGCGAAGCAACUAGAAAAUGACACAAGAAUUAUUGAAGUUCUCUGUAAAGAACAUGAAUGUAAUAUAGAUGAGGUGAAAAAUGUUUAUUUUAAAAACUUUAUACCUUUUAUGAAUUCUCUUGGAAUAGUAACUUCUAAUGGACUUCCAGAGGUUGAAAGUCUCUCUAAACGGUAUGAAGAAACUUAUCUUAAAAACAAAGAUAUAGAUGCAAGAUUAUUUUUGGAUCAUGAUAGAACUCUUCAGGCUGAGCCUAUAGACAGUUUUGAAAUGCAGAGAACACCACAGAAAAGUAACCCUGAUGAAGAAGUAAAUGUGAUUCCUCCACACACUCCAGUUAGAACUGUUAUGAAUACUAUUCAACAAUUAAUGAUGAUUUUAAAUUCAGCAAGUGAUCAACCAUCGGAAAUUCUGAUUUCCUAUUUCAAUAAUUGCACAGUGAAUCCAAAAGAAACUAUCUUGAAAAGAGUGAAGGAUAUUGGGCACAUCUUCAAAGAGAAGUUUGCUAAAGCUGUGGGACAGGGAUGUAUUGAAAUUGGAUCACAGCGAUACAAACUUGGAGUCCGAUUGUAUUACCGAGUGAUGGAAUCCAUGCUUAAAUCUGAAGAAGAACGAUUAUCCAUUCAAAAUUUUAGCAAACUCCUGAAUGACAACGUGUUUCAUAUGUCUUUAUUGGCCUGUGCUCUUGAAGUUGUAAUGGCUACAUAUAGCAGAAGUACAUCUCAGAAUCUUGAUUCUGGAACAGAUUUAUCCUUCCCAUGGAUUCUGAAUGUACUUAAUUUAAAAGCCUUUGAUUUUUACAAAGUGAUUGAGAGUUUUAUCAAAGCAGAAGCCAACUUGACAAGAGAAAUGAUAAAACAUUUAGAAAGAUGUGAACAUCGAAUCAUGGAAUCCCUUGCAUGGCUCUCAGAUUCCCCUUUAUUUGAUCUUAUUAAACAGUCAAAGGAUCGAGAAGGACCAGCUGACCACCUUGAAUCUGCCUGUCCUCUCAACCUUCCUCUCCAAAAUAAUCACACUGCAGCUGAUAUGUAUCUUUCUCCUAUAAGAUCGCCAAAGAAAAAAGGUUCAACUGCACGUGGAAAUUCUACUGCAAAUAUAGAGACACAAGCAACCUCAGCCUUCCAGACUCAGAAGCCAUUGAAAUCUACCUCCCUUUCCCUCUUUUACAAAAAAGUGUACCGGUUAGCAUAUCUCCGACUAAACACUCUGUGUGCACGCCUUCUGUCUGACCAUCCAGAACUGGAACACAUCAUCUGGACCCUUUUCCAGCAUACACUGCAGAACGAGUAUGAGCUGAUGAGGGACAGGCAUUUGGACCAAAUUAUGAUGUGUUCCAUGUAUGGCAUAUGCAAAGUGAAGAAUAUAGACCUUAAAUUCAAAAUCAUUGUAACUGCAUACAAGGAUCUUCCUCAUGCUGUUCAGGAGACAUUCAAAAGAGUUUUGAUAAGAGAAGAGGAGUAUGAUUCCAUUAUAGUAUUCUACAACUCAGUUUUCAUGCAGAGACUGAAAACAAACAUUUUGCAGUAUGCUUCCACGAGGCCUCCUACCUUGUCACCAAUACCUCACAUUCCUCGAAGCCCUUACAAGUUUUCUAGUUCACCCUUACGGAUUCCUGGGGGAAACAUCUAUAUAUCACCCUUGAAGAGUCCAUACAAAAUUUCAGAAGGUCUACCAACGCCAACAAAAAUGACUCCGAGAUCAAGAAUCUUAGUGUCAAUUGGUGAAUCAUUUGGGACUUCUGAGAAGUUCCAGAAAAUAAAUCAGAUGGUAGGUAACAGUGACCGUGUACUCAAAAGAAGUGCUGAAGGAAGCAACCCUCCUAAACCACUGAAAAAACUACGCUUUGACAUCGAAGGAUCAGAUGAAGCCGAUGGAAGUAAACAUCUUCCAGGGGAGUCCAAAUUUCAGCAGAAACUCGCAGAAAUGACAUCCACUAGAACACGAAUGCAAAAGCAGAAAAUGAAUGAUAGUACGGGUACCUCAAACAAGGAAGAAAAGUGAGGCUCUCGGGAACGUGGUGGCACCGUAGACAUCUCUUGCUGCAUUUUCUCUCAUGGCUGUGACUGUAUAAUUCUCCCAGGCUCUAUUGGCAGCCACAUGUAAUAUCUCCAGCUCACUUUUGUAGAAUAAAAUGUGAGACGCAAGUUGGAUAUUUGUGUGGGUAAUUCCUAAGCUACUUUCAUUGUAUAUGUAUGUUGUUAUACAAGAUUGAAAAUCGUGUGUAAUUCUGCCAUUUAAAAAGUUGUACCAGAUAAUGUUUGCAUUUCUAAACAUUAAAGUUGCUGUGCUUUAGAUAGUAAGGCUGUUUCUGGACUGGGAGUCCUGACCCAUACCUACUUUGCCUUCCCUGUAGCAUACAUGUGAUGUUUGCUCUUGUCUUUAUUAAUUUAUAAUGUAUAUUUUUUAAUUUAACAUGAAUACCCUUAGAAACUGUGUUCUGUCUUCCAACUGCAGUUUGCCCAUUCACUCAAAUUAUCCUGAACUCUUACCCUAAAACAGAUGAUUAUUAGAAACUGUGAGAAAAAUUACUAAUUUUUACACAUUAGAUUUUAUUUUAGUAUUGGAAUCUGAUAUACUCUGUGCUUGUUUUAAAAAUUGCUUGUAAGCACAAGCAAAAAAUAAAGUAUAAACAAUACUGUCAUACUACUGACACAGUUUUCAUACCUCAGAAUUUGUAAGAACCUAGUCUUUCAUCCAGCUCUGCUUUGAAAUGAGGAUUAUUAACAGCACUCUUGGAUUUUUGCCAUUCAGAUCUCUGAAUCUGUAAGUACCAUAUAGUACUUGAAAAAUACAAGUGUCUUGUGAAAAAGAGCUUCGCUGCAGAGGACCCUAAUACAGUAUACCCCAAGUGCACUUUCUGAUGUUUUUGGGUCCUUAAGAAUCAAGAUACAAAUUAAUCUGCCUUCCUGAGUUUGGGAAGAUCUGUUUUUUCUCUGGCAUGGUACAUGUCUUCCGUGUAUCUUUUGAACUGGCAGUUGCCUAUUUAUCUUCUAUUUUAAGUGGGUAUGGUCUAACACUGGCAGAUUCAAAGCCACCUUAUUUUUAGUUCAACAUUACAAGUAGGCAACAGUCUUUGUAAGUUAGGCAUUAAUGUUUUUGAGUUUGUGCAAAAGCUUCAACAUACUCACAUUAGAAAAAAAGGCACUUCCCCUCCCCACUGCACCUAAAGGUGUAAACUAUCUUGUAUGAUUAACUUAUUUAGAGAAUGAAUAAUUUAAAAUAGGUGGUAUUUAAGGUAGUAGCAGCUAGCAUUUAGGAAAAUCACUUGGUCUAAAUUCAGAGUUCUUUUUAAAAAGAAAUCUGGUCUUGUUUGUUAGGAAAAAAUAUUGUUUGCUCAACUGAGUUUCAGACAUGCUCUUUAGACAGUUGUCUUAAUAACAAAAGCACCGGAAAACUUUACUCCAUUUCUUCAUUAAUUUUUGCAUGAAUAUCAUACAAACCAGUUAGUUGUUAGGGCAAGGGCACACCAUGCUUCUGGGUUUUUUGCUAAUAAGUUCACAUUAGAAUUAGUGACAGUUUUAGGAACUUCAGAUAUCAUGUAUUCAGAUUUCUUAAAUAAGACUUCAAAUAAUGCUAUACUGCUUUUUUGUACUGGUUAAAACUGUACAUUUAAAAUUGCUAUGUUACUAUUUUCUACAAUUAAUAGUUUGUCUAUUUUAAAAUAAAUUAGUUAAGUUUUAA